CGCACCUUUUCCGCAGCACCUUUUCCGGAAUGCUUCCCGGUUCCAACAUGGACCGUGACAACCAUCUUGUUGAUGCUACUGCUGCUGUUGCUGCUGCUGCUGCUGCUGCUGCUCCUACUACUCCUACUGCUCCUACAUUUCAACAUGGCUUGCGCAUCCUCUCCUCGACUACCAUCUCCAUCAUCACUUCUCAAUCAUGGCGCCUAUCACACAAAUCGAGUAUUUUCGGGUCCCCCCACGAUGGUUGUUUGUCAAGAUCACCGAUGCCGAUGGCAACACUGGCUGGGGCGAAGCCUCCCUCGAAGGGCACACGGAAGCAGUUGAAGGCUGUCUGGACGCCUUUGCGGCUCGCUUUCACGGCCUGGAUGCCAAUGCAAUCGAGCAUAUCUGGCAGAAUGGCUAUCGCAUGGGAUUCUAUCGCGGAGGACCGGUCCUGAUGAGUGCCUUGGCGGGAAUCGAUAUUGCCCUUUGGGAUCUCAAAGCGCGCCGACUGAGUUUGCCCAUCUACGAACUCCUGGGCGGCAAAGUUCGAGACCAAUUGCGAGUAUAUGCGUGGAUUGGCGGUGACCGACCAGGGGAUGUUGAGGUGCAAGCACGCGCCCGAAUUACGCAAGGGUUCAAGGCUAUCAAAAUGAACGCUACCGAAGACCUGGGGUGGUUAGACUCUCCCCACGCACUGGAUGCAUCGGUGGAGCGUCUCAAAGCUGUCAAGGCACUUGGUCUGGACGCGGGCGUAGACUUCCACGGGCGCGUCCACAAGGCGAUGGCGAUCCAGUUGGCCCACAAGCUUGCCCCGCAUGAGCCACUGUUCAUCGAGGAGCCGCUCCUGUCCGAGCACCCAGAGUCGAUUGCCGCCCUCUCCAAGCUGGUUCCCAUCCCCAUUGCGCUGGGAGAACGGCUGCACAGUCGGUGGGACAUCAAGCCAUUCCUGGAAUCGGCAUCAGUCAGCAUCCUCCAGCCGGAUAUCUGCCAUGUGGGUGGCAUUUCGGAGCUGCGUCGGAUGGCGACCAUGGCAGAGGCCUACGAUGUAGCCCUGGCUCCUCACUGUCCGCUGGGUCCGAUUGCCCUCGCGGCCAAUCUGCAGGUGGACGCCGUCUCGGCUAACUUCGCGAUCCAGGAGAUGAGUGUGGGCAUCCACUACAACCAUGGCUCGGCCGAAAUUGGGACGUAUGUCAAGAAUCCCGAAGUCUGGACGGUGCGAGACGGUCUGAUCCGGUUGAUGGACGGUCCCGGACUGGGGAUCGAACUGGAUGAAGAGAAGAUCCGGGCGGCAGCGGUAGAUGCAGCUGCCUGGCGUAGUCCGAGCUUUCAGGGUCCUGGGGGAGAAUGGCGAGAGUGGUAACUCAUUCAUGUAGGAGGGGAUAUAUAUGUACAUAAAAUUAGAGCUCUUCCCAUCUCAGGCAUCCUUCCUUGUAUUUAUGAAUUCGACAGUGUAAGCGAAUUCAAGCACUACAUCGAAGAGAAAGUACCCUAUCC